CGGCAAUGCACUUAUGCUCGCUUUGCGAAUUUUCAGUUACUUGUCAUCCUUGAUCAGUUUAUGCAUUUUUGAGUCUGCUCAAGUCCUGAUACUAAUGCAAAUUAGGCAAAUUUCAGAUCCAAAUCUUCUUAACUUGCUAUAACAAUAUUCAUUUCAUAAACCCAAUCCUAGCUUAGCCAUCGAUUUCCAGACGUUUUGUUUUUAUAACCUGGUGGAUGAGUUGGUUCAGAAACUUCAGAGGAGCCACUGAUUCUUUGAUUGCCCUUUUGUUUACUGUAGCGGUUCUUGUAUGCAACUGAACUCUGAACUUCUUCCCUUUUGUUUUGCAUAACCCUAAACCCUAAGAUUGCAGAGUCAGAUCGUAGAUGUGUCUGAUCAGUUCGACCUUGUAGUAGCAGAGGCCAUGCGAUUGUCUCGUGCACUUCUAACUUUUUGCUUCCUGCCUUCCUGGCGCAUCCGUGGCCAGUAGUUGGUCCGAUGGGGUUCGUAUUGGUUGGGAGAUCGGGGUGGGGUCAAUCUGCAGCGAGUCAGAGACUCCACCAGCAGCAAGUUGCGAACAGUGAACUCCUCACCGUCCUCUUCCAAUCCAAACCACCCGGAGCAAGCGGCCGCCGCUAAGCAGUAAGCACACACGACGCAGGUCGGGCGGGAAUGCAACGCGCCUUGCUCCUCCGCCCGCUCGUCGGGUCCCCUCUCGUACCCGCGGGUCCCCUUGCUCAGCCUGCCGUGCGGCGCCGCUGCCGCUUCCAUGGGGGUGUCCGCGUGAGGUCCUCAACCGGGGAGGACGGGAGCGAGCCCGGAGGCGGAAGCGGGGGCGGCGGUGCCGCGGCGUCUUGGCUGAGCUCAGCGGUGGGGGAGAAAGUGGACGAGCUUCUGCGCCGCGAAGAGAACCGGGCCCUGCUCGAGGGCGUCGAGGACGCCGAGCGCCGCGUUGAGCGCGCGCGCGCCGCGCUCGCCGACAUCGAGCGCCAGGAGGCCGCCGCGCGCUUCGCCCGCGACGAGGUUCGCCGCCUCGAGAAGCGGCGCGAUGAGAUUGCAGAGUCCCAGCGGGAAUUGCUUCAAGCAAGAGAAAUGAUUGAUGAAGCUCAGCGAUCCUUGUCUUCUAGUCUUGAGGAAGGAAGCUUUGGAGAUAUGUCAAGUGGUGAUGUUGAUCAAGAUAGUGAGAGAAUAGAAUCUGUAAAAGCUGCUGCAAUUUCCUCUAUAGUUGGUGUCCUGGCUAGUUUGCCCAUAUCUUUCUAUGAAGUUGAAGAUCUGCCACAACUAUUCCUUCGGUCAUCAAUUGUUUUCAUAUGUUGUGCUUUGUUUGGUGUCACAUUCCGGUACGCUGUUAGAAGAGAUCUGGAUAAUAUCCAACUAAAAACUGGGGCUCCUGCUGCAUUUGCUUUUGUUAGAGGCCUUGCUCUGCUGGAAUCUGGUAGAACCCUCGAGCUGAGUACUGAUACCUUAAUAUCAGUUACUCUUGAUGGUGCAGUCAGUGUGGUUGAGAACAUUUUCAUAUUUCUGCCUGCUGCUGUUGCAUUGGACUACUGUUUUAAGAUGAGAUUUUUGAGUCCCUUUCCUAGAAGAAAACAAUAGCUUCUGUGAGGAAUAUGUACGAUCAAUAACAAUCUUGAUUGCUCAGAUGGUCAUAUGUAACGCAAAUGAUAUCUUAAAUUCAUUAAGAAAAAAAAUUCCCCCCUGUGCUCAUAGAUCUGUCAAGUCCAAAUAAUAUUUUUACUUGAUCUUCUUCCUAA